AUGGUGGACUGGCUCAGUCUUGCCGUCCCCCUCGCCUACUUAGGUGUCCUAAUCGGCUCGCUCGCUACCUUCUCCUCUCUAUAUCGAAAGCGCAAGGCCCAGAAAGCUGCCUCCCUCGAGCCAUGGUUCCCAGCACACCUCCAGCGCGACAUCUAUUUCUCCCUCAUGCACCUUGAUCCCUCCACCCAACAAACGGAAAAGAAACUCCCCGCCGUCCCCGAGUCAGUCUUGAAAGCCUCCCUCCUCCGUCGGGCAACGGAAGAUAUCCGCCGCGUCCUUGCCCUGCGCGCCCAGAAACAAGCUCUCUCCGUGCUUCUGCAACGUGGCAGUGUUGGCGACGACCUGUGGCAGCGCUUCCAGCGCGCUGAGAAAGAAAUGGAAGAGGAGGUGAAGGACGUCGUUGCUGAGGCGAAUGCCUAUGUUCCGAACUGGGGCCAGGUUAUCUUCCAGUCGGCUAAUGAGAUGAUGAACAAUGAUCUUUACCGCAAGCGCAUGGAGGAGCAUCAAUCUAAGUUGGCUGAGGAGAAGGCUUUUUGGGAGAAGAAGAAGGCUUCUAUACAGGAGGGCUUUAUGAAGGAGCUGGAUGGGUCUGAGGGUGGUGCUGCUAAGGCAGAGAAGGCUCCUGAGGCCGCGCCAACGAGUGCGGCGCCGAGUGUGCAGAGUGAUGAGGAUGCGGUGCUUGUUGAGGCUGAGUCUGUGCAUUCGCCGGGCAAGAAGAAGAAGGGCAAGGGAAAGAAAUAG